AUGGCGGCCGCCAUAACAGUCCUGUUGUGGCUGAAAUUUGUCCUGGAAUUAUGUAGGUUUUGUGACUGUUCUUCGCACUGGAUUGUCACGGAAGAUGGAAGAAUUCAGGCACAGCUGGACACAGUAUUUAACAUGCGUCGCCCAUAUGAUCUGGUGGCCUUCAUGAAGCAAGAUGAACGCGCUCGAACAUUAAGUGGUCUCAAAAAUGAACUCUUAUCCAGGAAAGAUGAAAUUGAUAAAAAUGAAGACAAAGAUACAGGGCUGGAGCAGAGGUUUUACAAGACAGAUUCUGAUUGUGUAUCUGCUGGAAAGGCUCUACCAGAGUUUGACCUGUAUAUCAGUACUGUGUUACCCCUGGAAAACAAGGGGAUAAGGCCAGAGGAGCACAUAGAUAUUAAGGCCCCACCCUCAGCUAUCCCUAUACCACCAGACUGUACAGCUGUCAUGGAUCUAGACUACUCCUUUCAUGCUUUUGAGCAUUUAGAGGGGAUGAAGGAUCGUGAGAACCUGACAGGCACUCCAGAGCUGGGGUUAAAAAAUGCCAUCACCCACAGGGACAAUGUGGAUGAUUAUGGUCACCUUAUAUAUGAGGCCAUGAAGAAGAAUAAAACUUCAUGGGUGUUAUAUAACAUGGCAGCUUUUUACUGGAGGAUAAAGGGAGACUCCUAUAAUGUUAUAGAAUGUCUGAGGCGGGCUCUGCACUAUUCUCCCAGAAUGCAAAAAGAUGUAGCCUUGAUCAGCUUGGCCAACGUUUUACAUCGAGCUCGAUAUUCUAAUGAGGCUGCAAUAGUCGUUCAUGCAGCAUUGGAUGUUUCCAAAGAACUCAAUGUUAACCAUUUUACCCUAGGGAAUAUUUAUGCCGUGUUAGGGGAGUACAACAAGUCUGUGAUUUGUUUUGAGAACACUCUAAAAAUUCAGCCUGACUUUGAUGCCGCAGCGAAGAGGAAACAUGCGGUGUUGUGUCAUGCAAAGUUAGAGUCAGCACUGGAAGCUCAGCACAGAUCUCUACAGAGGACGCUAAAUGAUCUGAAGGAUUAUCAGAAAAAGCAUGAUCACUGGCAGCAAGAGAAUGACCGACUGCUGACAGAGCAGGUGAUGAGUGGGGUGAAGAUGGAGCAGAGGCUGGCCUAUGAGCAGCUGAAGAGUCGAGAUAGCUCCAGUGGUGUGGGUGAGCAUUGUUUAAUGGGGGAGAAAGAUGGGAGGCAGGUGUUAACGUGUACCUGGAAGAAACAGCGGAGUCCUGACCUGGACUUCUCGGCCCUAUUUGAGGGAGUCUCAUCCAGCCUAUAUAACCCUCAGACAAGAGGGACAGGGGAUGGUCCAAAGAAGAAGAGUUUAGACUAUUCUAAACCAGUGAGAGCUCCGCUGUACACCAAACACAGACGAGAAGCACCUAAGUUUGGGGACCCGUCAGCUGACUGGCCUAGCAAGGAGGAAUGUGACACUUUUGUACAGAAGGCACCCACAGCCAUGGAACUUCCUUCUGUUUACCUCUCACCUGAAAACAAGGGCUUUGAGGUGAAAGCACUAUUAUCUGAGGAGCAGAAUCUGAAGCCUGGGGCUCAGCAUGCCCUGCCGUGGUACCCUCCAGCUUGUGUGCCCAUCAUGGACCUCACAGAGGGCAGCACUGUUUCCUAUGAUCACCUUAAGUCCAUUAGUAUUGAGGAGCGAGGCAAGAUGCCUCUGAAACUCCCUGACAAAGGGGUCCUUAGCGCCCUGCUGAACCACAUUAAUGGUGGGUCGGUAACAGAGGAGGAGGUGGGUCAGAGAAUCCUGACCGCUCUGAAACAGAACAUUGGGCCAAGCUGGGUUCUGUUCAAUCUAGCCGGUCUGUACUGGCGGGUGGCAGGUAACGGGUUCCAAGGGGUGGAGUGUAUCAGGCGUGCGCUACACACGGUCCCUGAACAGUACCGUGACGUACCCCUGGUAAACCUGGCUAACGUGCUGUACCGAUGGGGGAGACAUGACGAUGCUGUGGUUGUCAUGCAGGAGGCUCUCAGAAUCAAUGACUUAGAGCCGGCCUCCCACUUCUUGUUUGGUCACCUGCUGUGGUCUAAGGGUAACUACACAGGGGCUGUGUGGCACUAUGAACAGACCCUUAGGAGUGACCCUGACAGCCAGGAGGCUUUCUCCACCCUCAGAGCCAUCAAAUGUUUCCAGAAGUAUCACCAGGCAGCUCAGAGUGCAGCUCCACGAGAAACUGUCUCAAAGCCUGUGGACAGCAACUGUAACCACAAAGGGGGAGGUAACCCCAGCAGUCAACAAACGGAGAGCAGAGUUAUCUGUAAAACUGAGAAUGGAGAAGAAAAGUGUAUUAUUGAGACUCGAACUCGGACAAAAAUGCCGGAGUGUAAUGGCCACUGCACACAGACCUGUACCAUCACCCCCAUCAAACUGGACUCCUGUGGCAGUAUGGCAGGGGAGAUCACUCUUGAUGAUGGUAAGAGUGAGACAAAUAGCUGUGGUCCUAAGGGACCUAACCAACCGUAUGCCAGCUCCCUGGGCCUGGAGGACUCCUUCUUCACGGCGGAGUUCGCUGGCAAACUGGACGAGGUGAGUGAGAUAUACCAGAGGAAAGGGCUGUGUAAUGGCGAUGAGUGUAAUCAGCUUAAAGUACAGCAUGGCACGCAAAAACCCCACAUCAAGCUGGACUAUGUGAACGGGGUUCUUCACCAAAAACUAAUAUUUGUGGACUCACCCAAUGACAUACAGGUGGAGGCUCAUGAGUGCAUGAUUUAUAACGACGGGUCUCGCUCUACAGGCUGCAGUCAGGAAGAAUUCCAAACCUAUCAAGAUGAACUGGAACACAUACAGGAAGAAAUAAGUGAGCUUCUCAACCUGAACAACUUCCACUGUUACCAAGAGUCUGCUUCUCCUGCCCCUGCCCCGGAGCAGACUCACACGCCGGCGGUACAGGCAGCCAGCGGAAACACCCGCGAGACACCCCAGGAGGAAAGCCCAUUACCUGACCAGUCUAACGAGCCCAAACAACCGGAGGUUAACGAUGGGAUGAAACGUUCCUGGACUGCACAUGAUAUUCCUGACACACAGCUUCCAAACACCCGGAUCCAUAUCAAGCAUCGGUUUCACCUGGCCAUGCCAAGCUUUGAGAAAUGUCAGACACUGUCAUUGAUUGACUUCACUCUCUUCUCCAGUACCUGGCUCUCUGUCACAGCCAAACAAAUAAACCUUUCUGAUUUCCUGGACUUUGACACUGUACUGAAGAGGGAUUUUGAGGAGCCAUCUUGUAAGACUGGAGUACUGCGUGUGCCUUCAAUAGACCAUCUACCUGGUGUGGCCAACAGCAAUCUGUUAGAGUAUUCCCCUGAGACUGGUCUGACUGAGGUGCUACAGAGACUGGGUGGGGAGCCUCAACCUGGCCAAGUCAUGGCCACCAGGAUAUCACAUGCCAUCAAAAAGAAUGCUAACUCCUGGGUAUUGGCUAACCUGGCAGCUCUGUACUGGAGGAUAGAAGGGGAUGCAAGGCGAGCGGUAGAUUGUCUGAGGGUGGCCAUCUCCACAGCUCCACACGAACACAAGGACAUCGCCCUGAUCAGUCUGGCCAAUGUCCUACACAAGACAGGCAGACUGAAUGAGGCUAUCAUUGUGACAAACAUGGCCUUAGAAAUUGCCAACAAACUGGUCGUCACACAUUUUACAAUGGCGAAUCUCUACGCGGCCAAGGCACAGUGGGAUAAAGCUACGAUGUUUUACGAGUCUACGCUAGGUCUCCAGUCCAACUUUGAGCCUGCCAAACAACGUCUCAUCUCUAUCCAGUGUAUGCGAAUUUUAAAAAACCCUCAGUAUUUCAAACAGGAGAAAUCAGCAAAGCCAAAUGACUGACAGCUUGUAGAGUCAGUUUUCAGAUUUUAUUCUUUUAUAACAAGGAGGUAUAGCAGCUGUUUGAAAGUAUUGAAUGUGCUGUACUUAUUUUAUUGACAGUUUUGGAUCUCAGUAGAUGAUUAAACAGAAAAUAACAAAUGAUCAUUAAUUCAGGAUUCUCAGCCUUUUUGAGAGUUUCAGUGAGGGACUUGGUAACUAUGUUUGAGAACUUCACAAGUGGUAAAUUACUUUUGUGAUGUUUUAAACAAAGACUAAUCUUUGCUUCUAGAAAUAUUCAACUAAGUGGUCUUUUUUUAACUUCUUUUCUAAAGAGGUCUUAGACUGCUGACUCAUGAAGUUUAACCUGUUGAGCCAUCAUUGUUGCCUGCAUGUUGUUCGCUGUUAUGAUGGUAGUGAACACAUAAAUGUUGCCUGGCCAGCAUUAACCACCACACCAUUAGUCUACAGUAACUUUCAACUUUCAGCAGAUGGGAGCUAGUGAAAUGCUAGCCUGCUAAUGGUGUGCUAGUGGUGUGCAUGUAGCUUACCACUGCGGAACUUGUCAACCUGGCCGGUACUAUGUUGGACCACUAUGGUGCACCUCAAUUUGAGUAUUUUAUACGUAAGACUUAAUUCUUUUUAAUUUGAUGUACACUUUCAAGAUCAAUUUUAUUUGCUAUCUGUAUAUUCAGUGAAGAUUACAUUUUGAGAGUGAUAGAACUAGUAGAGGCGGUUUAUUUAUUAGUUUUAGUUAAAAGUAAAGUUCACAGAACACAGUUUUAUGUGCAGUCUAAACCAGAUUGUAUCAGAAGAUACCUUUUAUCUAAUCAGUAUUAGAUCAUUUUGUACCAAAUGCUUUGUUUUUCUUUUUUUUUUAAAGUUGUAAGCCGAUCAUGGUAAAAUCCAAUUUUAUCCAGAUGAAUAGUUUUCUUUCUGGAAGCUUCAUUUUGUUUUUGUUAAGAAUAGAGAGCUUUAUGAUGGUUUUGCAAGUAAGGCAUUUGUAAGAUUUAUGCUUUCAAUCUACUCAGUUACGUUUUAUGGGAAAAA